AUGUUACGCCAACAAGUUCGUUCAUUCCAUGCCACUGCUAGAAAGUUAAACUUUGCUAAAAUGUCAAUUGUGGGACGUAUUGGUAGUGAAUUCACUCAACACACUUCACAAAAUGAUGUAAAGUUUGUAAGAUAUAGCAUUGCAUCACAACCAAGAAGAGAUGGCCAAACCAAUUGGUUUAAUGUUACUGUUUUCAAUGAAGCACAAAUGAACUUUUUACAACAAUACGUUAGAAAAGGUGCUUUGGUUUACAUUGAAGCUGAUGCCUCCAACUACAAUUUUGAAAGAGAAGAUGGCUCUAAAGGCUACUCAUUGAGUCUAGUUCAAAGAGACUUCAACCUAUUGAAAAAUGGUAAAACAGAUGAACCAACUUCUGAAUAA